AUUUCUCUAUUUUUGAGAGGCUCAAUAUCCUCAAAAUCGGCGAAUCUUCACGCUUUCUUCGCUACCAACGAAUUACUCCCAACCCAUACUUCUGCGCUGGCUUUCGGUUCAACGCCCUAUGAUUCAUCAAAACCUCAGAAAGAUUUCUACAACAACAACACGUUGGUCAAUCUGAGUAAACUAUUCUGUGCUGCUGUGCUUCUGACCGCUUUUGUUUUGGUGAUGACACGAGGGUUUUCAUAUUUUUCUCCUAAUGAAACGAAUUCUACGUCUACGUCUUUAUUUUUUCUAUAG